CCUCUUUGGAAUUGGGGAGGGGAGAUGGGAGAGGCUCUCUCUUCCACUCGCAGAGGCGGAGAGAAGCCAGCCAGGCAGAAGUCGACCACAACUCCUCCGAAAGAGACGCAGCCAGGAGCUCCUUCCUCCCCAAACUUGCACGUCCAGCUGGCUUUUCUAAGGAGGAAAAAAAGUCCCCUCCUCUUACGGUAGGAUCCAUCUCUGGGUCCUCAUAAAAAGACCUCCUUUUUGUCCUAUCAGUUCUUUCUAGUGUGGUGAAUAGUAAGGAGUUGAGAAAGUUGUCAUCCAGAACAUCUGGAAGUCCAUUGAUUUUCCACCCCUGCAGUAUGUGGAAAUGAAUUGGGUAAAAUAAAUAAGGCCUAAUAAAAUAUAGAUCAUACUGAUUUUUGGGAGUUGAAGAUGGAAGCAUUUCAUUUCAGGAUGAUCUUGGCACUGCUAGUAACUGGAUCUGUCCUCAGUGACCAUGCUGACAAAUACAAUUCAAGUCUGACUGGACCUGGAAAAGAUUCCUCUGGAAUGAGCAGACUCCGCCCUACCAGUAACUCCAACAGAACAGAAUGCCUUCAUAGAGCUAGACUUGAUGACACUUUCAAAUACAUCAAUACAGUAAUAUCCUGUGCAGUCUUCAUCAUUGGGAUUGUUGGAAAUGUAACUCUGCUACGGAUUAUCUACCAGAACAAGUGCAUGAGAAAUGGCCCCAAUGCACUGAUAGCUAGCCUGGCAAUGGGAGACCUCAUCUAUAUCAUCAUAGAUAUUCCCAUCAAUGUAUAUAAGCUUCACGCUCAGUGGCCCUUCGGGAUGUCAACUAUGGGAAGGUUUCUUUGCAGAUGUUUCCCAUUUAUUCAGAAGGCAUCCGUGGGAAUUACCGUACUUAACCUCUGUGCUCUAAGUGUGGACAGAUACCGAGCAGUAGCUUCCUGGAGUCGUGUUCAGGGAAUUGGAGUCCCUUUGAUCACAGCUAUUGAAAUUGUUGCCAUUUGGAUUCUUUCUUUUAUCCUGGCUAUCCCAGAAGCAAUCGUCUUUACAAUGAUAGAGUUUAAUUACAAGGGAAAGGACCUUAUUACCUGCAUGAUGGUUCCCACUACUGAUUUUUUGAAAUUUUACGUCAAAGUAAAGGACUGGUGGCUCUUUGGCUUCUAUUUUACUAUGCCGCUUGUGUGCACAGCAUUCUUUUACACCCUGAUGACCUGUGAAAUGUUAAACAGGAGAAAGAGUAAUUUGAGGAUAGCUCUCAGUGAACAUCUUAAGCAGCGACGAGAAGUUGCAAAGACAGUUUUCUGUUUAGUUCUGAUUUUUACCCUUUGCUGGAUUCCUCUUCAUUUGAGCCGGAUUUUGAAGCUAAUGUUGUAUGAUGAACGGGACCCUAACAGAUGUGAAUUACUCAGCUUUUUGUUGACAAUGGAUUAUAUUGGCUUGAAUUUAGCUACUAUAAAUUCCUGCAUAAACCCAAUUGCACUCUAUUUCGUGAGCAAGAAGUUCAAAAACUGCUUCCAGUCAUGCCUCUGGUGUAUCUGCUACCAGAACGGAAGCCAAGCAUCAUCUGUCCCUAUGAAUGGAACGAGCGUCCAAUGGAAAAACAAUGAACUCAACAAUCACAACACAGAGCGAAGCAUCCACAAGGACAGCUUAAACUGAGAUUUGACAGAAAUUGCACUUCAGCAUUUGUGAAAGGACAGGAUACAUGAAGGCUAUCUAAUAUUCAGUGAGCGUCUGCCUUUUGGAAGUUCUGUGCCUUAGCACUUAAUUCCAAAGAUCAAAUUGACUGGGUAUACAUACAUAAAGCUCCCAAAGAUUUCCAUGGCAUGGAAGUAUUCUUUUGUUACAACAGUUUAUAUUCUGGCAGAAGCAAGAAGAACCUACAAAGGAUCCAGCAGUGUUUGUAGACUCCAGAUUCUCUGCUCAAUGUAUGCUGUUUACGUUGUCAUGUCUUUAAAACAGCAAUGCUAAGUCAAUUUGAAUCAUAUUGAAAUCUUCUUUAAGACUGUGAAAAAACAGAAUCUAUAUCUUUUUUUAUAUUGCUAUUCCUUUGACACAGUUAAAAACAUGUUCAUCAUGGAACGUUGUUUGUCUCUGCAUGUACACACACACACACACUCCAGACUUCACAAAUGAGAAACGAGAUGCUUCCAGACAGAGUGCUCCUACUGACACCAGUCAAAACACUAUUUCAUCUUUUUUUCCUUAAGCCUCAACUGCCAGCAUACUUAAAUGUUCUUGCCCUCUCUUUCCCACCCUUCAGGCUUCUGGAACACCCAAAGAUCAGCCCUGGGAAGCAGUCCUUUGAGUAUGAUCGGAAACUGCAGCAGGAGAGAGAUUAUCUCCCUCCCAGUUCCACCAAUGGAAGGUUGAUCAGUAGACACACCCUUCCAUUGGUUUGUGUGUUUUAAUAAAGUGAAAAAAGAUGGAAGAAGUAGAAGGAAAACAGAAUCUCUAGAUCCCUUAUAUAAUUUGAUCCCUUAAAUAAUUUGAUUGCACAAAGGAAGAUAUGUCUGGAAGCACCCAAUAACUGUCAUUUGUGUUAUUUUAUUGUUUAUCAUAUUUUUCUAUCCACUUAUUUAACGAUACUGGCCUGAAAUAGCAAGAAUAUAAGGUACAUAUAAUAUAAGCUGAUUUCCCAAAGGUACGUUAGUGUAAUACUUAUUUUAAAAAAAAUGAAGCAAUUGUGUGUAAAUAUAGGCCUUCAAGUCACUGUCAAUUUAAGGAUGACACCUUAAAAUUUUAUAGGGUUUUCAUAAAUUACUACUCAGAGGUGGUUUUGCUAGUUCCUUCUUCUGAAAUAUAGCCUGCAGCAACUGAUAUUCAGUGGUGUUCUCCCAUUCAAGUACUAUCCUGGGCUGAGCCUGCUUAGUUUCCAAUAUCAUACAAGAUCUAGUGCUUUAUAUUUGUAUGAGUCAACCUAAAUUCUAUGUGAAAGGACAUCUAAAGACCAUUUCAUAUUUAUCUAGGUAUGUUCUUUUGUCUUCUUUGUUCGAGCUAGACUUGACAGAAUCUGUUGUAGCUGCAAAUUGAAAUAGUCAUGCAACAAUAUGAAUGGAUCAAAUAGCACAUGGUUAUCAGAAAUGUUUGGAAAAGCUAGUUACUGCAAAUGUAUUUUUAUGGAAUAUAUUUUAUUCACAAGUGACUAGCUCAAGAGCUCAUCUAAACGUGGCAAAACUCCAUGAUUAGGAUUGUUAUCAUCUUGUAGAAUUCAAAGUAGCUAGGGGAGGGAGAACCAACCAGAACCAUGAUGCUUAGAAGAAGGUACUUAAUACUUUGGAUCCAGAUUCAAUUAAUUCUGUAUAUGAAAGAUUGCCUUUAACAAUUUGGAAACCAGUUGGUGCAAACUGUGACUGUCGAGGGAGAAAACAACAUUAAACCUGCACUAAGUGCCAGGUGUCAAUUUCAAAGCUCAGUAUCAGGUCCUGGAAAUGACCUUUAAAGCUGUAGAUCGAGGUUAGGGAUUCUGUUUUGGUCUGCAAUAUCAAUUUGCCCCACUCCGCAUGGCCAAUGGUAAGGCAUUAAGGAAAAAGGCUCUCAAUUCCUACCCAUAUCCUGUACAGCAGUGGUUCUAAACCUGUGGGUCCCCAAGCGUUUUGGCCUACAACUCCCAGAAAUUCCAGCCAGUUUACCAGCUGUUAGGAUUUCUGGGAGUUGAAGGCCAAAACAUCUGGGGACCCACCAGUUGAGAACCUUUCGACUCACUUGUUUUUAAUCAUGUUUCCAGCUUCUGCUCUAAGGGCUCCGUUAAAUCAAAUCCGCUUAGUAAAUACCACAUACAAGUAGAAUUAAAACAAUGUAAUAUAAUUCCCAGGGAAAUCUAUCAGAACUCUUUUUAAAAAAUGCUUUUAGGUGUACUUUGAAAUCAUUUUCACAAAAGAUGGAAGGUCUUUCAACUCUUAUUUGUGUAUAUUGACUUGUUUGAUUGUUUUAAACUGUACUUUUUAUAUGUGAAUUUUACUAUUGAUUUUAAUGCUUCUGCUGCUUUUACUGUACUUAUAAGUUGCCUUGUUUAAAAAUAAAAUAAAAGACGGAGUAUCAAUAUACAGAUGAAUACAGAUAAA